AUGCUCCUUAACCCCAGUUGUGUUAAUACGUGGUUCGAGAGGAUUAGCAUCAUGGUGAUCCUGCUCAACUGUGUGACACUGGGCAUGUACCAGCCCUGUGAGAACAUCGACUGCACCUCGGACCGCUGCCAGAUACUGCAGGCCUUCGAUGCAUUCAUCUACAUCUUCUUUGCGUUGGAGAUGGUGGUAAAGAUGGUCGCUCUUGGGAUCUUUGGCCGACGCUGUUACCUAGGAGACACCUGGAACAGGCUGGACUUCUUCAUCGUCAUGGCUGGGAUGGUAGAAUACUCACUGGACCUGCAGAACAUCAACCUGUCGGCCAUUCGGACGGUGCGGGUCCUUCGGCCCCUCAAAGCCAUCAACAGAGUGCCAAGCACAAUGUGAUGCACAGAGCGUUAGCCACCACAGAAGCUGCAAAAACUAUGUGGAGAAUGCAAAGAUAAAACAACACAAUUAAAAUGUG